UCCAGAAACAAGAAGGGCCCCAGCCUGAUGACCACGGUGGCCAUGCCUGUGUUCAGCACCAAGAACGAGACGAAGAACCAGGGUAUUCUCCUAGGGGUAGUGGGCACCGACAUUCCCCUACAGGAACUUAUGAAGAUCAUCCCUAAACACCUGCUGGGUAUCCACGGUUACGCAUUUGCCAUCACUAACAACGGCUACAUCCUGACCCAUCCAGACCUGAGGCCACUGUACCAGAAGGGCCAGAAGAGGAGGAAGCCCAACUACAGCAGUGUGGACCUGUCUGAGGUGGAGUGGGAGGACAAGGAUGACUUUCUGCGUAAUGCAAUGGUCAACAGGAAGACGGGGACUUUCUCCAUGGAAGUGAAGAAGACAGUAGACAAAGGGAAACGUCUGCUGAAGAUGCACAAUGACUACUACUACACUGAAGUCAAGGGAACUCCCUUCAGUGUCGGUGUGGCUUUGUCCAGAGGCCAUGGCAAAUUCUUCUUCAGAGGAAACGUCUCCGUAGAAGCAGGGCUUCAUGACCUGGAACAGCCAGAUGUUGCACUGGCAGAUGAAUGGACGUACUGCAACACAGACGAGUACUAUGAGCACCGUUCUCUCUCCCAGAUCCAGGCUAUUAAACUCUACCUGACCGGACGCAAACCACUCAUCAAAU